UGCAUUGAUAUUUUUCAAAUAUUCUCUUGAAAAAGGUGACCUAUCAUUUUUCCACUAAUGAAAUUACUAUGAGCUGGAAAAUAAAUUAAUGAAGUAGGUAUUUGUUGAGUUGUAAUGUUCUUAUUAAGUAGCAGUUGAUGAAAGUGAAGGCGAUGUCGCUUUUAUUCUCCGAAGAAAUAUGGGUACUUUUGCUAGAAACGGCACUAAUGAUUUGAAACACUUUGGGAUGUUUCUCUCUUGAAUACAUCUGCCUGUCUGAUGAGUGCUACCAUUCAGUAAAGGUACUUAAUGCUGUUCACGUGAGGAAUAUUCGUGCUUAGCAACUUCAAUUGGCGAUUUGUUAUUUUCCUGAUUUCAUACCGAAGACGAUUCAAUCUUCGUAUUCCUAUUUUUUUCCUGUUAACCAAGGCUGAACGGCUGCAGAAUAUGUUAGGUAACGUAGUGGUAGAAGUGUUGAUUUUGUGCAGGUAUAUUGUUGCGUGAUUUACUGUCGAAGAAUCUGCGAGAUCUGAAGUGAAAAAAAAAAACUAUCUGCUCACCUACUGUCUGAGGAGUUAGAUGAGAAAAUGGUAUUGAAACUCCAUGAAUAUAUCCUCACAACGUUUUAUUUUCUAUUUCUUCUUUAUUGCUUAUGGAAGUUGAGGAACUACUUUAGAGCCGUUCUUUUAGCUCUCCAUCUUCCAGGACCUUUCGCCUAUCCUAUCAUAGGAAAUGCAUUGACUGUAAGAGACAAUAGAAAAUUGGAGUAUUUGGGCAAUAACUCUUACAGAUUGUUUGGCCCAAUUUUCCGGUGUUGGAUUUCCAUCGUUCCCUUCUUCUUUGUAACGGACCCAGCCCAUCUGCAGACAUUGUUGAGUAAUGGUCGUUUAACCAAGAAGAACAUGUUCUAUUCCUUGCUGCAUAAUUUCAUAGGUGAAGGUCUCAUCACAAAUAAUGGUGAAAAAUGGAAACUGCAUCGUAAACUGAUUCAACCUUACUUUCACAUCAACGUGCUAGAGAAUUUCAUUCCGAUAUUUGCAGAAACCUCCAGAGAUUUAGCAACAAACUUCAAGGAUAUAACUGAAGUGAAUAUAACAACAUUUAUAAAUGAUUGGGUGUUGGAUACACUUCAUAGAACAGUUUUGGGAAUAAGGAUGUCAGACGAUUCUCCUUUCAGAAAGGGAGAACUUAUUGUGCCCUACAGGAUUUCAAGACCGUGGAUGUUGAUUGACUUCAUCUUCAAUUUAACUAAAAGUGCGGACCAGGAACAGAAACAAAGGUCCAACCUACACGAAUUCACGAAAAAGCUAUUGUACAGUCGAAGAAACCAAGAAAUAUCAUCAUCAAUCAAAUUCGUCUCACUCAUGGAGAUAUUCAUGAAUUUAUCUGAGGCAAACACGGACUUCUCUGAGCAAGAUGUUAUAGACGAAACAUGUACCUUCAUGUUGGCAGGGCAAGAUUCUGUUGGAGCAGCAACAGCUUUCACGUUGCAUUUUCUGGCCAAACAUGAAGAUAUUCAGAGAAAAGUUUACGAAGAACAAGUUAGAAUUUUUGAGAAUGAUACUAGAUUAGUAACCACCAACGAUUUGAAUGAAAUGAGAUAUCUGGAACAGUGUAUCAAAGAAACAAUGAGGCUUUGUCCAAGUGUCCCAAUUGUGUGUAGAAAACUCAACGAGGAUCUUAGGUUGGGAAAUUAUGUUCUGCCUGGUGGAACAAACAUAUUCAUUUCACCUUUCAUCACCCAUAGACUAGAACAUUUGUAUCCAGAACCGCAAAAGUACGAUCCUGAUAGAUUUUCUGCAGAAAAUUGCCACAAAAUUCACCCCUAUGGAUAUAUACCUUUCAGUGCAGGACCAAGGAAUUGUAUAGGUUACAAAUUCGCUAUGUUGGAAAUGAAAGCUGCUAUUUCUGCGAUUAUGAGAGAGUACCAACUCAGUUUGGUACCAGGUAAAGAGGAAACAAUCUUCUCUUAUCGCAUCACCUUGAGAUGUAAAGGAGGUAUUUGGAUCAGACUUACGAGAAGAGACAAGGAUCUGUGAUCAUGAUUAUCUACGCAUUUUUACUGAAGUUGAUAUAUUUUUAAUUGCUCAAAAUACUUCGAAUUAUAUAGUACCAAAAUAUACCAUUAGAGAUUAGUUGAAUCUUAAGAUUUAUAGAGUUUUCUAAAAUGAAUGGAAAACACUUUAUAGACUUAAUCGUUAAGUUCUGAUAAGGGUUCCUCGAAACUUAUUGUAUUAUUUUUUACUAAUUUUAAGUGAAAACUGAUGUUAUUGUAGAUAAGAAUUAAUGUGAUAUUUUUAUGCUUUAUUAAAAUAAAUAUGAAAUGAAACUCC